AUGCAAUUGAACGAGGCUAACGAGAGAGAUGGACGAAGCCGUAAACGUGUCUUCGUUGUAGCUAAGGGAUUCGACGUUUCGGUUCCUGAGGGUUUUACGCUGAGGGAACGUGUGCUUCGUUUGGAGAGCAUGUUGAGAGAUCACUUCUCUUCAUGUGGAAAGGUCAAGUCCGUUUGUAUUCCUGAUGUCCGUCGUUCCUUUAGCAUCAAGAGAUAUGCUUACAUAGAUAUUUGGGGAAAGGGCGCGGAAGAGAAGGCGCUGAAGCUUAGUGGAAGGGAGAUGGAUGGACACAAACUAGUUGUUACUCUGCCAUUGCUCCACAUGAAAAAAACUCGUAGAAGAGCUUUAAAAACUGAUCGAUACCGCAGGAGCGAAAUAAUGAUUGUUAGGGGAUAUGACACCUCGCUUCAUCCUAGGAAGAUUAUGAAGAGCGCUUUGCGUAAACAUUUCUCUUCAUAUGGAGAGGUCUUGGAGGUGGACUUAUUUCCCAAUAAAAAAAGCCCUAAUAGCAACCUCAAAUACGCCUAUGUUUCCAUAUAUGGAGAAGGCGCAAAGGAGAAGGCCUUGCAACUUAGUGGAAGUGACAUGGGAGGCUUCAAACUUGUUGUUGAAGACCCGUAUCUUCUCAAACAACCCGAAGCCGGAGGCAGAUCUUCGUCACCUGAUCGCGUUUGGGCUCCUUCUUACUCAGCUAAGGGAUUUGACGCAACGGUUCCCGAGUGUUGUACGGUGUUAAAACAUGUGUUUCAUCUGGAGAGCAAGUUGAGAAAUCAUUUCUCUUCAUGUGGCAAGGUCAAGUCCGUUUGUAUUCCUCAUGCCUAUUAUAGCUCUACUAUCAAGAGCCAUGCUUACAUAGAUAUUUGGGGAAAGGGCUCGGAAGAGAAGGCGCUGCAGCUUAGUGGAAGUGAGAUGGAUGGACACAAACUAGUUGUUACUCUGCCAUUGCGCCCCAUGACAAGAGCUCGUAGAAGGGCUUUGAAACAGGAAAGAUCUUCCAGGAGCGAAAGUAUGAUUGUUUGGGGAUAUGACACCUCGCUUCCUAGGAAGAUUAUCAAGAGGGCGUUGGGCAAACACUUCUCUUCGUGUGGAGAGGUCUUGGAGGUGGACUUACGACCCAAUCAAGCUUACCCAAAGGACCGCAAUCACGCCUAUGUUUCCAUUUAUGGAGAAGGCGCAAAGGAGAAGGCCCUGCAACUUGGAGGACGUGUCAUGGGAGGCUUUGAACUUGAAGUUGAAAAGUUAGGUCCCAUACCACGCCAACCGGGAGACAAACCCAGAGACAACGUUGUCGUUUGGUCUCCUCCUUACUCAGAGUUUAUGGCUAGGAGGAACAAGAGGAAGGAGGAACGGAACUCUAACAAGAGGAAGGAGAACCCAAACCCUCACUCUAACGAGCAGAAGAAGAAAAGGAAGACUAGCAAGUAG